CGUCAGAGUGUCAUCUGGGCAAUGUUUACAUCCAGCGCUGCUCGCGCUCAACGUUUAUGGGCAGAAGCCGAGAUAAAGAAACAAGAGGAGGAAACUGACUAAAUGGACAGCGUUAACAGACCACAGUCUUUAUUUUAAUUAAUCGAUUUCGCUUGGUCGACUGUAAAGUCGUCGAGGUGUUUACGCGUGAAAACCCAUAGCCUCCAUUCCUAUUUCUGCCGUCUUUGCCUCCAUUUUUCACUUCUUUCCUUUGAAGGGCUAAAAUGGGAGGCGCAGUCAGUGCUGGGGAGGACAACGACGAGCUGAUUGACAACCUGAAGGAGGCACAAUACAUUCGCUCUGAUUUGGUCGAACAUGCCUUCAGGGCUAUCGAUCGUGCCGAUUACUAUCUGAAAGAGUUCCGUGACAGUGCCUACAAGGAUCUGGCCUGGAGACACGGCAACAUCCACCUCUCGGCACCUUGUAUCUACUCUGAGGUGAUGGAGGCCCUAGACCUACAGCCUGGCUUGUCAUUUCUCAACCUCGGCAGUGGCACGGGCUAUCUCACCACCAUGGUGGGACUUAUACUAGGGCCAUUUGGUGUAAAUCAUGGUGUUGAAUUGCAUGAAGAUGUUAUAGAGUAUGCUUAUCAGAAACUGGACUUCUUUAUCAAGACAAAUGAGAGUUUUGACAGGUUUGAGUUCUGUGAACCUUCCUUUGUGGUGGGGAACUGUCUUGAGAUUGCCCCUGAAAGUAAGCAGUACGACAGGGUUUACUGUGGCGCAGGGGUCCAGAAGGAACAUGAGGAUUAUAUGAAGAAGUUGUUGAAAAUUGGGGGUAUUUUAGUACUGCCCUUGGAGGAAAAGCUCACUAAAAUUACUCGGACAGGAUAUAACACAUGGGAAACGAGAAAGAUUAUUGCUGUGUCCUUUGCACCACUUGUGCUCCCAAAACAUAGAGAAAAUGGCAAACCUAGACCAGUGUCCUUGCCUACCAUGUUUGAGGUGCUGAGUCUCCAGGAUUUGGCUCGUAUCAAAAUCCGGCACAUCCUGAAGAAAUCUGGGUCUGGAUCCCUGCCCAUACCCAGGAGAACUGGAUCCAAGAGAAGACAUAACCUGAAACAUAAACGAGAGCACCUUGAUACAGCUCUGCUGACCAACAGUUAUUUAUUCAUGAGUCGUCUGAUCCCCGGACCAAUGGAUAACAACAACAACCAGUCAGCAACAGACAAUGAAGAUGAUGAAGACGAAGACUGCAGGGGGGGGUGUGAACAAGAGGAGAAAGAGGAGAAUGUGAGGAGGAAGGAGGGUAGUGUUUUGGUGAUAGAGACUCCUGUGAACAUCUUGAGGGAGAGGAUACUCAGCCUACCCCUCCCAGAGCCUCUCAAGAUGUAUCUUCUUUACUACAGAGAGAAGUAGACCACAUUUCCCAGAGUCAUGUUAUUAAGUACCCACAGAUCCCUUGCACUGUCAAACCCAUGAUUUUUUUAGUCAACCACUGUCUUUCAAAAUUAAAUCAUCACAUCUUUCCAUUGCAAGGUUCCCUUAAAGGAACAGAAAUUAUUUUUUGUCUUCAUUUACUCACCCUCAAGUUGUACAAGCAUUCUUCCAAAUAUCUUUCUUGGUGUUCAUCAGAAUAAAACAUUUAUACAGAUUUGGAACAACUUGAGGGUGAGUAAAUGAAGACAGAAUUUCUAUUUUUGGGUGAACUGUCCCUUUAACGUUCAAGAACUUUUUAGGUUAUGUACUGUAUUGGUCACUUUCACUAGGACAUUGCACCCGUUUGGUCUAUUACUGUUACUAUUUGAUCAAGAUACAUAUACAUUGUUAUUCUGGGUGGAUCAAUCUCAUUAGGUUCUGUGAUGGUUUAAAACAUCUGGAUUUAGAGUCAGUAGUACUAACUAUCAUCAUUGAAUCAUGUCAGUUGUGGUGAGUGACUUUAAAUGAACACUGAAGGACAAACAUUGAACAAAGGUGGCUAAUCAUUUACUAAAUCAUAUCUGCAAUGUUAUACGCCUACUGGUUUCAAUUUUCAUAAAGAUGUACUAUAACAAUUACUUCAUAUUCAAAUCAAAAUGUAAGUCUCCAUGUAUUAAUAGUUUAUGUAAAGUAAAACUUUCAAUAUGUUGAAUACAAGCUAUUAUAGCUAAUUAUAUUCUUCUGGCGUAUGAAUUUGUAAAAUCAAAUGUUUUGUGUGAUUUAUUACACUUGUAUUGCGCAAAUAUAAAAAAGUAUUUUGUCCAACAAUCAGUGUCAAAGAAUUUCAGGAAUUAUAUCCAAAGUGUUUUGCCAGUUUAAUCCUUUCAUGCAUAGGUCACUGCAGUGGACAGCUUUUUUUAUUAAACGCAUGUAGUUUUGGUGUUCCUAAUUAUGUUUUUGCGUUGACGUGCACUUUGUUCAGUGAUGCAGGACACAAAUAAAAAAAACGUUUUAGUUCUAUAGUUGCGGUCAUGUCAAACCAUAUUUCAUAUUUCAGUUUAAGGACAAGUUCCUUCAAGUUAAAAAUCUAUUUAACAUGUUGACAAACCAUGUUUUAUCAAAUGUUCUGCAACUUGGUACACAUAAUGCAUUACAAUGCAAAUGAGUGUGAACAUGGCAAAUACAACUUGUUUAUUUUAGCUGUGUGUCAAAUGUUGAAAAUACCAAAAAGUCCAAAAUGACUUGUAUGAGGUUGAUUGCAAAGUUUACAAAAUGUCUAAGGAGAGCAUAACAAAAACAACAACAUUAAAAAUGGAUGUAUUCAGAGACAUAAAUGGACACUGUAGUCUCUGCAGCCAUUUAAUGUAACAAUAAAUGAAAUGUAAACACUGGAUAGGAAUUGGUCCUAUGUGUGGAACAUGGAUUAAAUACAGACUUUGGAUUUAGAUUGUAGAUGACCAUACUUAAGCAUUGUUUAUGAU